AUGGUGCGCAGCUUUCCUUCACAGUACCGUGAAGCUCGCAACAGAGACCCCGACCGAGGUGCAGUCCCUGACUGCUUCGCCGACAAAAGCUUGGCCGGCAUCCACAUCAAGAGCCUCCUGCCCCAAAACGGAGAGGAUCCGGAGAAGGAGAACACUCUCAUCGAGUGCUACAACUGUGCGCCCACUUCGUUCAAUCUUGGCAUGAUGCGUAGCUCGACUAACACUAAAUACUGCGCUUCCAGUCCGAACGAGGACAUCGUCAUGAAGCUCAGCCAAACCGAAGGUGGGGCCAAGAAGAAUAAGCUUGACAUCCGAUCCAACAAGUACAGCAAAGACGAAAUCAAACGCGCAGUCCAGCUGUCGCAAACGCUCAAGCCCUUGCCAGCAACCGAGCGUUACCUCCAGAUGAAGAUCCUCUACUACGACAAGGUCACCCCGGUCGAGUACGAGCCGAAGUACUUCAAGCAAGCGACUUGGGAAGAACCCUUCGUCUUCGAUUCGUCGCCAGUCAAGAUCAAGGUGGGCGAGAUUGCUACGCCCUAUCACACCCUUUCGAUGAGGCUGAGAACGAACAAGCCUCACCACAACACGCACCAGACCGUCGAUCUGUUCGAAGAUGACGGGGAAGGUGAGCGCACCAUGCCGGCGGAGAAAACUGGCGCAAAGUACAACGUCGAAAUGAGCUCCUCGGAUGAAGAGGAAGAAGACUCCUCCGAUCCUGAUUGCGAGGAGGAAGAGAAGCCUGAUGAGGAUGAGCAGUAUGCGGCCGUCAAAGCGGCAGUCGAGGCUGCCGGUGUUUGCAAACUGUCCUUCAUCAAGACCCAGUUCCCGAAACUGGCCGACCAAGCGAUCAACCGCUUCUUGGUUCGGAUGGUCCAGGACAAGGUUCUCCAACUGCAGGACGGGGAGUACAAGAUCUUUGCCCAGCCCCCGCCCGCCCGCUCUCCAGUGCUCGUUGGUUCACCCGCUCCGUCAAGCUCGCCUACGCCGCGUUCUCCCUCGCCUUCCUCCACGGCUAUUCCAGAGGAGAUCUACAAAGCAGCCCUCAAGGCGCUGUCCAGCGAGGAUUUCAUGACCGCUCAGAAGUUGCGCUCGCUGGACAUCCUGCGCAGACUGCAGGACGAGGGGUUCAUCAGCCGCACGAUCAGUGGCAAUAAGGGGCGCAGGGUGGUGCGGCACCAGGCCACCGACUCUGCUGGCGAGAAGCCUGCCGGACCUGCGAGCCCGCGAGUCAAGAGACGCGAGCAACCGGCGGCAAAGAGGAAGCACUCCCUGCUCUCGCGCAGGCUCAAGAACCUGGAGCUGGCGCACUCGCAGGACAGCGAAGCCGACACGGUCAAGUGCAGCCGCACCGCCGAGCCCCUCGUCCAAAAGCGCCGGAAGCUUGCCAAGGAGGAGUAA